AUGUCAGCAAUAGCAGGGGGUCUCACCCCGUUGCACCGAUGGACACUCUCCGCCUCCGAUUCCCAGUUCAAUGCCUUGUCAGGGGCCAUUGGUGGCUUCACCUCCGGCGUCGUGACUUGCCCUCUCGAUGUUAUUAAGACGAAGUUGCAGGCUCAAGGCGGCUUCACCCUGGUGGAUAAGGGCCGGCAUGUUGGCCACCCGAAGCUGUACAAUGGGCUGGUAGGAACAGCCAAGGUCAUCUUGCGCGAGGAGGGCAUUCGGGGGCUGUACCGUGGGUUGGGGCCGAUUGUGCUCGGAUAUCUCCCCACCUGGGCAGUGUGGUUUACCGUUUAUAACAAGAGCAAGACAUUUCUACAUCAGUAUAAUGAAAAUACUCAUAUCGUAAGCUUUUGGUCCUCCAUCAUUGCCGGCGCCAGCAGCACAGUUGUCACGAACCCCAUAUGGGUCAUCAAGACCCGCCUCAUGUCGCAGAGCAACCCGAACACAGCUAGAGGCCCUCACGCGUUUGCUCGUCCCGGUAAUACCCCGACAGCGAGGCCGAUUCUCCACGAGUGGCACUACAGAUCGACCAUUGAUGCGGCGAGGAAGAUGUACACCUCGGAAGGCCUUUCUUCCUUUUACUCCGGUCUCACUCCGGCUCUUCUCGGCUUGACACAUGUUGCUGUUCAGUUCCCUACGUAUGAAUUCUUGAAGACAACGUUCACCGGGCAAGGCAUGGGUGAAGUCCAGGAAGGAGAAAAGGCACAUUGGGUAGGUAUCCUUUCUGCCUCCAUCCUGUCGAAAAUACUUGCCAGCAGCGCAACGUAUCCGCACGAGGUGAUUCGAACUAGGCUACAGACCCAGAGACGGCCGGUUGCUGGCGAGACUUUCCUGGUGGAUAUGGCGGCACCCGGAGCGAAGCCAAGAGUAUCCGGACCCAAGUAUAGGGGCGUCGUCAUGACAUUCCGAACCAUCCUCCACGAAGAAGGAUGGAGGGCUUUCUAUGCUGGCAUGGGUACGAACAUGAUGCGAGCCGUUCCGGCUGCAACGGUAACGAUGCUUACAUACGAAUACGUUAUGAGGGAGUUGAACAAGAAGAAGAUCCAAGCUCUAGAGAUACAACGGGCACUGCAGGAGCAGCCUUGAUUAAGGGCCAUCCAACAAACGCGGGUUAUGCAUCAGGCGGUUUAUUUCCAGAAGAGGAUGAUUCAUUUCUCCUCUUCUCUGUUUUUCAUAUGUUUAUGGAAAUGGGAUUUACGAAACAAUGAGCAAAGUAUCAUGGGGUCAGAUAUAUACCCUUCUUUCGGACCCUCCCUCUUUUUUACCCUUGGCCAAAUUGUAGGUAUAGAACAAAGUCUGAUUUCCAACUGGAAUUUUGUAGCAGCACCACUCUCAUAUGAGAUUCUGGGUCCAGGCCCUGAUCUCUCUUCCUAUUUAUUCGUCAUUUUUUUUUUCUCUUUUUCUUUAAUUCGCCUUACCCUUUGUUUGAAGAGGCUAUUUGCAUUUGGAGGGAAGUGGCGGGGCAGCGUUUGUGUUGCUUUUGCUUUGUACUCUUUGUUUUGCCAACAGAAGAACGGCGAUUUGAUUGGAAAGGGGGGAGCGGAUGGGAGGUGUUGGUUCGGCUGGGCUUUUUGCUGGUCUGGGGCUGGGUUUACCUAUGUACAUCUAUCAAUAUAGCAAUUGCAGACGAAUACGAUAUC